UCGGCAGUGUACGCAGAGCAGGCACGAGAAAGGUGCUGCCCGAAGGAUAUCGUCGGCCUAGUAGCGCAGAGCGUCAGCAUAACAGUUUUCGUGCGCGAUCGUGAUUGAUGUUCGCAUCGGCCCCUGGUUUGGGAAAGCUAGGAAAUCUAGGAGAGAGCGUGUGUAGUGAUUUGUCCGCUGUGUGUCAGUGCUAAAAGGAAGGAUUUGAUUUCUAGGCGCAUUCAACGGUUACGGUUGAUCCGGGCAGACGGUCGAUCGCUGUACUGAAGGAAAGUGAUAAGAUAUUGUACCAAGUACUGGCAGGCAAGAGAAAAAAUAAAAUAAACGGCAGCUGGGACUUUAGUGCGGAUCUUUCGAUCCUGCGGAUGUUGAUGGUGUCGUUCGGUUUCCGGUUCCGAUAGACGUGCAGUCAUGUGAGAUCGAAGCUGAGCAUGAUCGGUCCUCUGUUGGCUGCUGGAUAGUGUAUGAAAUUUGUUUUUUUAGUCUUGGGAUCGAUUUACUGUUCUACACGGAUUGAAGCACUUAGUGUUACCUGCAAAGCAAAACAAAGUGAUCGUUGGUUUACUACGUACUGGUUUCGUUCGUUCGUUUGUUUUUUUUUUUAGUGGUAUAAACACUAUUUCGGGUGAAACAGAUAAACGGGCAGAAACGAAUAAAAGUUUCUGAGGAUGGAACUGGUGACAUUUAUCAUGGUCUGCCUGAUGGCAGUAAGUGCAAACGGCGAGGUGGAAAGUAAAAGCAAACCUGGACGAGGACGGGGAUCUAUGUGGUGGGGAAUCGCCAAGGCGGGUGAACCGAACAACAUUUCUCCACUGGCCAACGGAAUGAUCUACAUGGAUCCGGCAAUUCACGCCACGCUGCGACGAAAGCAGCGAAGGCUUGCGCGGGAGAAUCCGGGCGUACUGGCAGCCAUUGCCAAGGGCGCCAAUAUGGCAAUCAACGAGUGUCAGCAUCAGUUCCGCAACCGACGAUGGAACUGUUCGACGAGGAAUUUUCUGCGCGGCAAAAAUCUUUUCGGCAAGAUCGUGGAACGAGGAUGUCGAGAGACGGCGUUCAUCUAUGCGAUCACCAGUGCUGCCGUGACGCACAGCAUUGCCCGGGCCUGCAGUGAAGGAUCUAUCGAAUCGUGUACUUGCGACUAUUCCCAUCAGAGCCGGGCACCUCAGGCGAACAGUCUGGGAACGGUAGCCGGUGUUCGGGACUGGGAAUGGGGUGGCUGCAGUGACAACAUCGGAUUUGGGUUCAAAUUCUCCCGGGAGUUUGUGGAUACCGGCGAACGAGGUCGGACGCUGCGCGAGAAGAUGAACUUGCAUAACAACGAAGCUGGACGAGCGCACGUUCAGUCCGAGAUGCGACAGGAAUGCAAGUGCCACGGGAUGUCCGGCUCGUGUACCGUCAAGACCUGCUGGAUGCGAUUGCCCAGCUUUCGAGUGGUGGGCGAUCUGCUGAAAGAUCGAUUCGAUGGCGCCUCCCGGGUAAUGGUUUCCAACAGUUUGCGGUCAACCGUGAACGAAGCUACCCUAUCGAACCGGGCCAACCCGAACGGCCUGAAGGGACCCAAUCAGCUGGGAUCCAGUUCGAAUAGUGUUUCGAGCAAUUCGAUCCACGCCAGAAGCCAUCAGCAGAAGAAAAUCAAUCGAUACAACUUCCAGCUGAAACCGCACAAUCCGGACCACAAGCCGCCAGGUUCCAAGGACUUGGUUUACCUGGAACCAUCUCCCGGGUUCUGCGAACGGAAUCCCAGAUUGGGCAUCCAGGGAACGCACGGUCGCCAGUGCAACGAUACAUCGAUCGGAGUUGACGGUUGUGACCUGAUGUGCUGUGGCCGAGGCUACCGGACGCAGGAGGUCAUCGUGGUGGAACGGUGUGCCUGUACGUUCCAUUGGUGCUGCGAGGUAAAGUGUAAGCUAUGUCGGACCAAGAAGAUUAUUCACACAUGCUUGUGAGGUGCAGGGCAAAUCGAGUCAAGUCAUAAAGGAUCGUUCGCUUAUGUUUCUCCCGCGUCUAUGUCUUCGGACCGUUUUUUUUUUGUUGCGUUGAUCGCUGAAUCAUAAUCUCGUAGUGAAGUUUGAAGCCGGAGGAGAAUGGAAGAGAGAGAGAGAGAGAGAGAGGGAGCGCACGUACAAAAAGCUCGCGCGACAGUCUCACUGUCCAGCAGUCAGUCAGAGUGGACAUCCGCAAUGUGGGAACCGAAGUUGGGUCAUAAGAGGAAGAAAAAAAACGAGAACAUCGCCUUAUCUUAAAUAUUCGACUUUUGUUUUAAGUUAUAAUGGAUGACAUUUUGUGACUCUCCUCGCAAGAGCGUUUUUUAAUCUGGUGGAAUUUCAACUCCUUUAGGAGUAGCAGAAAAAGUUUAAGAUAAAAACUGCGGCGAGAUUUUGAUCCCAGGGCUCAGCCGAAGGGGGUGUGCGCGAAUUGACGGUACGGAAAAUUGUAAAUUUUUCAACUUUUUAUAAAUAUUAUUUAAUUAACUGAAUUGACGACCAAAAAAUAUUAUAUAUUUUUGCUUGGAAACUUUUCUCUUUAGUUAUUUUUGUGCCCGAGAGUGAAAAAUAAUGUUAAGAAGAAGAACCUUCCCUUGCUUGUACCCUUCCCACAGCUUCUCCUGUCGAGGAGAUGUGUGCGUUGUCUUUUGCGUGUAUCAUAUAAGUAUUUAUUGACCUAUGUGGAAAGCAACAAAUGCAAGAACCAGCAAAAACUGUUUCAGUAUUAAAUGUUUUAUUUAAUCCUUGAUAAACUAUAGUAUUAUGAAUCUUAGACAAACCUGAACAGUGACCUAGUUCUGUAAGCUAAAACGAGAUCCCAGUUAUUUAGUGUUUGCAUAAACAAAAUGUUUAUUUAGGUAGGUUGUAUAGAGAGACUAUCAAGUUUUAAUUAGUUGUACAUGUAAUUUUUGCGUAAUUGUAAUCACCCUAGUUUGUAGAUGAACAACGAUUUAGAACUGACUAACCAAUAAACAAAAGACUGAUAGAAAUUAAACAAUUUUGCCUAAAAACGAGGGAACGAUAGCUUUGUUUUUCGAAAUUUGCAGCUGUUUCUGUAGGAAGCUCAGUGCAGGCACUAAAUUGCAGAAAAAAUGAUUUUUUUGUGAUCACUAACGAUUCGUUUGAUUUCGCUGAAUACGGAUCAAACACCGAUGCUAUAACAUUCGAUCAACUACCGGAAUGACUAGUUUGAAGCCGAUCAAUAUUUAAAAAGUUCCAGCAAUGCUCAUGCUCAUGCACUGUGUUUGAAUGAUUCGAUCAAUUUUUCUGAGUUAAGUUACAAUUUUCUAUCUCAUUCGCACAAUUAAAAACUAAAUCGAAUCGAAGUAGUUGGCUUCAUCUAUUGACAGCUAAGAUUGAACCGUCCUUCAGGUAGAUCCGAACACCAUCCCUGGAUCUAGGGCGGUGGUCAAGUGCUCGAUUCGAUCGGCCUAACUCGAAAGCUAAGCUUGAAUUAUUCCAUCACAAUUAAACAAAGCUUGAGAUUGUUCUAGAGGUUUUUAAAGUUUGAUCCGCAUAAAAUCAAUCGGACCGGAUAGUUCUAAAACAUAGAUUUCCAUCAAGUGUUUAAUCUCUAAUUCAAAGGGAUCAAGCGUUGUUUCUUGAUCUACAUGCCCCCGUGUAUAAUUCAAUCAAAAUCAACAACUAGUUAAUUACCUAUCUCGAGUUUUUGCUUUCAUUUAACGCUAACUGGAGAGCAGCCAGUCAUGUAAAUAUAGUCAUUAGAAGAAAAGUGUAAAAAGUGAACAGUUUUCAAUAUAUGUUCCAACUACUGCUUAUUUAAAAAUAUUGUAGUAACUUAUUAACAAACUCCUGUUUCGCUGUACCUUUAAUCUAGAACCGCAUCGAUAAGUUCAGGGUUUACUUGUGCCCAUAGUUACGUAAGAUGUUAGAAAGUAGGACUACUAUUAUUGAUUUGUGUACAUAGCAAAACCGCUCUUGUAGUAGGACAGGUGAUAAUUGUUUUAAACGACUUACUUUUAACACACAACAAUGUCUAACAAUUAAUAGCUAUAUUUGUGUGGCACCUUAAUUGAUAGGACACUGCUCCACUCACUGCUGUAUUCUGAGUGAACAGUAUUCGUAUAAGAAAUAGGCUCCCUACGUAGUUAUACUAAAUGGAUGUUUGUCUCCCUAAUAACGCUAUCUGUUUGUGAGGAUUGUGAAGAUGAAUGAAUGUUACGGUGCAACGAUGGUUUCGCAUUUAAUUACGUUUACUAAAUGUUGGAUUAAAACGACGAAAAUUUAUAAAAUAAAGA